CGAGACUUGGGGGGCCGGGUGAUUUGCCUAAAUGAAAGGGAAGAGAACUCGGAGUACCCCGGCAACAGUUCCAAGCAUGCGUAGAGCCGACCGGCUAAAAGCCAGAAAAGCCUAGAGAGAGACUGGUCGCGGAAAGGGGACGGUUACUUCCCGGAAGAGGCGGGGCCAUUGAGAGAGGGCGCCGAAUUAGAAGUGAUUGUGGCGGCUUCCCGGGUUGGGGUGCUGAGUCCCAGACGUUAGUCUUUGCUUAGCGAAAAAGGUAGAGAACUUUUCCUUUUCUUUUUUUUUCCACUUAAGUUUUUAAAUUUUUUUAUUUUAGAAGAGAAAGUUUGGAAACUUGGAGGCAGCAGUAGUUAGGAUUCAGGCCAAACUAGUAAAUGACGGAGGGGCGUCUUCCAAAACCAAGGAGAAAAGGUUGUCCGGUCUUUUGAAGUGUGUUUCAAAUAACAGCAGAUAAUCACCAUAAUGGGAGUGAAUGACUUGUGGCAAAUUUUGGAGCCUGUUAAACAACACAUCCACUUGCAUAAUCUUGGUGGGAAAACCAUUGCAGUUGAUCUGAGUCUCUGGGUAUGUGAAGCACAGACAGUCAAAAAAAUGAUUGGAACAGUCCUGAAGCCCCACCUCAGGAACUUAUUUUUUCGUAUCUCAUAUUUAACGCUAAUGGAUGUAAAACUGGUGUUCGUUAUGGAAGGGGAACCCCCAAAGCUGAAAGCUGAUGUCAUAAGCAGGAGGAAUCAGACUCGGUAUGGGCCUUCUGGAAAAACAUGGUCUCAGAAAACAGGGAGAUCACAUUUUAAAUCAGUCUUAAAAGAGUGCCUUGAUAUGCUGGAAUGCUUAGGAAUUCCCUGGGUCCAAGCUGCUGGGGAAGCUGAAGCCAUGUGUGCUUAUCUUAAUGCCAGUGGUUAUGUGGACGGCUGCCUCACCAAUGAUGGGGAUGCUUUCCUAUAUGGAGCCCAGACUGUUUAUAGGAAUUUCUCUAUGAAUACCAAGGAUCCACAUGUUGAUUGUUACACAAUGCCAUCUAUCAAGAGUAAACUAGGUUUGGAUAGAGAGGCUCUGGUCGGACUGGCGAUACUACUUGGCUGUGAUUAUCUCCCCAAGGGAGUCCCUGGAGUUGGAAAAGAGCAAGCAUUAAAACUUAUACAGAUUUUGAAAGGGCAAAGUUUACUUCAAAGAUUUACUCAGUGGAAUGAAAAACCUUCUUUCUCUGAUCCACAGCCAGUAGUUAUUAAAAAACUGGCCCAUUGUUCUGUGUGUUCCCAUCCAGGUUCACCUAAGGAUCAUAUACGUAAUGGCUGCAAUCUGUGUAAAACUGAUCGAUAUUGUGAACCACAUGAUUAUGAAUAUUGCUGUCCUUGUGAGUGGCACCGUGCAGAGCAUGAUAGACAACUAAGUGCAGUAGAGAACAGCAUUAAGAAAAAAGCUUGCGGUUGUGAGGGAUUCCCUUUCCAUGAGGUUAUUCAAGAAUUCCUUCUGAACAAGGAUAAGUUGGUGAAGGUUAUCAGGUACCAAAGACCUGAUUUAUUAUUGUUUCAGAGAUUUACUCUUGAAAAAAUGGAGUGGCCCAGUCACUAUGCAUGUGAGAAAUUGUUAGUGCUUUUGACCCACUAUGACAUGAUAGAAAGAAAGCUUGGUAGAAGGAAUUCUAAUCAACUACAGCCAAUUCGAAUUGUUAAAACCCGAAUCAGAAAUGGAAUUCAUUGCUUGGAAAUAGAAUGGGAAAAGCCUGAAUAUUAUGCUAUGGAAGAUAAACAUGGAGAAUUGGUUCUAAAAACAAUAGAAGAAUUAUCGUUGUUUGAAGCAGCUUAUCCCGAGAUUGUUGCUGUUUACCAAAAACAAAACUUAGAAAUAAAAGGGAAGAAACAAAAAAGCUUGAAAAUUAAGCAUAAAGAAAACAAUUGGCCAGAAUCAGAUAAUAAGAAUUUCCAGUCACAGAUGACUUUAAACCCCACAUGUGACAUCUUUUCUAAGCAGAAUUCCAAGUUAAAUUUGGAAAUUACCCCUCAUUGUCCAUUAUCCCAGAAAUCUAUUUCUGCAUCAUUGAAUAGCUUGCUUUUACCUGAAGAUACCCCUUGUUUGAAUACACAAGAACAUUUAAUGUUUUCUCCAGGACCUUUGCCUAUGCAGCAAAUUACAGCUGUCAGUAAGUCUCUAAUUCCAGAAUCUACUCAACCUAGUACCUCAUCCUAUAAUGUAUCGGUGAUUGCUGAUCUACACUUAAGCACCAUUGACUGGGAAGGUACUUCUUUUAGUAAUUCUCCAGCUAUUCCAAGAACCACUUGCUCUCAUGGUUUAAAAUCAGAACUUGAAACAGCCAUCACUGAAAAUUUUAAAAAUAUCCCAGAACAAUCGUCCUUUGCAUCAGAAUGGUGCACCACAGACAUUAAUGAAGUAUUGGAUAGGGAUCUUCAAAAGAUUGAUGAUACUGAAGAACAUCUACUUUCUGGCAUUACUGAUUUACAUCUUCAAGAUUUGCCUUUAAAGGAACGAAUACAUAUAAAAUCAUCGUAUCCUCCGGAUAAUGCACAACCAAAUGUCGACCUGAAGACUUUGUCCCUAGUUACCAUAAAAGAAUCUUGUAUUGCUAACAAUGGUUCUGAUUGUCAAUCACAUCUUUCAAAGGAUCUUCUAGGAAAUCAUUUGCAAAAUGAAUCUAGAAAAUCUAACGUUCUAAAAGGAUACUCUCUAUUUCAAGAAAACUAUAAAAUGAAUACUUCUGUACCUUAUUCUGUCAAUAACCCAGUAAUAGUAAAGACCUCCAGAGGUGGACCAUCAAAUACUGCUUUAGAUUAUAAUAGAAAAGUUGAUGUGCAAAGCACUCAGAAAAGUGUAAUGAAGAAGAGUGUUUGCCUUGACAGACAUUCCUCUGAUGAAGAAAGUGUCCCAGUGUUUGGGAAAGCUAAAUACACAACUCAAAAAAUGAAGCCUCGUUCUCAGAAGCAUUAUCCAGCCCUGUUCAAGAAAGAUGAUGCCAACAAGUUGAAUAAUCCUAAAAUACAUAUUAAAGAAACUGAACAGUGUGCCCAGGCUUACGACACAACUGGAAAGGAAGACUGUUUCCCAGAUGCAGCUAAAGGUUCUCUGGGUUUUCUACAGCAUCCUAAGGACAAAGCUUGUUCCCAAGAGGAUAACUCUGUAAUUGCCUACUCUCUCUCAAUGUCUUCUGUUGUGCUUUUCCUGAGAGUUGUAUUUUCUGUCAAUAUGAAGAUACAUUUAGGGUGCUCUUCCAGUUGUGCUAAUCUUAUUCUUUUCAUGAGGGGCAAAAAUGGAAAAGGAGGAAGAUGCUCAAAAUAAUUAGGAAAAAUCAUGGUUGUAAUGGCUGACUAAACUGAGGAAAGCUACUUCUUACAUAACCCCGGGAGUUCACAGUAUGCCAAAUGGAAAAAGAUCUGCAAGAUAGAAUGUAUGAUGGGAAGAGACUUAGAAAUUUGCUCAGGAUCGCACAACUAAUUAAUAAUGGUGUGGGAACCAGGUUUCUUUCCUCCAAUGUAUUGGCUUUUCUGUUUUCUUUUUUUUCUUUCUGUAGCACUUUAUUUCCUUUAUUUUUAAAAAAUAAAAAUUUGUACAAUAUUAACUUGAAUAACUCUAAAUAUUAAGUUUUACAUAAAUUUAUUUAGCAUUCAAAAACUCUAGAGGUAACCAGGUUGGAAAGCAAAAAGUAAAACUGUUGUUAUUUGCAGAUGACAAGAUUUUGUAUCUACAAAAUUCUAAUGAACCCACUAAAAACUAUUAGAACUAAUAAAUAAAAGAUCAAUAUGCAAACAUCAAUUAUAUUUCUAUAUACCCACAGUGAAUAAUACUAAUGAAAUUAAGUAAAUUCUGUUCACAAUAGCAUCAAAAGGGAUAAAAUACUUUGGAAUUAAUUUAACAAAAGAAGUAUAAAAUUUUUACUCAAAAUUAUAAAAUACUGUUCAAAAAAAAGAGCACCUAAUAAAUGGAAAGACAUCUCAUGUUCUUGGAUCAGACCACUUGAUAUUAAGAUGGCAAUAUUGCCCAAACUAGUUUCCAGAUUCGAUGCAAUCUCCAUCAAUUCCAGCUGAUUUAUUUGCACCAGAGUACAACCUGAUGCUAAAAUCCAUAUGGAAAUUUAAGGGACACAGAAUAGGUGAAACAAUUUUUUAAAAAAAUAAAUGAGAGAACUUGCUCUUCCUGAUUCUGAUUUCAAACUUACUCUAAGGUUUCAGUAAUGAAGAAUGUGCUGUAAUGGCAUAAAGGUAGACCUAUAGAUCAAUGGGAUGGAAUUGAGGGUCCAGACAUACACCCUAACAUUUAUGUUCAAUUGAUUUGCAACCAGAGUACCAACACAGUUCAAUGGGGAAACAGUUUUCUUUGAGAAAUUCUACUGGUACUACUGGAUAUCCAUACGCAAAAGGAUGAGUUUUGAGCACUACCUCAUACCAUAUUAACUCAAAAAUGGAUCAAAGACCUGGUUGCAAACUACAAAACUCUUAGAAGAAAACAUAGACAUAUGUCUUUGUGACUUUGGAUUAGGUAAAGAUUUCUUAGAUCUGGCACCAAAAGCUCAGACAACAAAAGUAAAUACAUCGUACUUGAUUAAAACCAACAAUUUUUGUGUUUCAGAGGAUACCAUCAAAAUGAAGAAACAACCCAUAAAAAGUAGAAAAUAUUUUCAAAUGAUAAAUGUGAUAGAGGACUUGUAACUAGAAACAUGUGUCUCAAUAGCUCUUACGACUCAAAAAAACAAAUGAAUAAAUAUAUCUGAAUAAACACUUCUCUGAAGAUGUACAAAUGGCCAGUAAGCACAUGGAAAAACUCAAAGUCAUUAGUUAUCAGAAAAACAUAAAUCAAAACCACAAUGAGUUACUACAUUACACCUAAUAGGAUGGCCAGAAUCAUGAAGACGGAUAACAACAAGUGUUUGUGACGAUGUGGAGAAACCGGAACCCUCCUAUCCUACUGGUAGGAAUGUAAAAUGGGGCAGCCGUUUUGGAAAAAGUUAGGUGGUUCCUCAAAGGGUUAAACAUAGUUACCAUAUGAUCCAGCAGAACCACUUCCAAAAAUAUACCCAAGAGAAAUGAAGACCUGUGUCCACACAAAAACCUUUACACAAAUGUCCAUAGCAGCAUAAUUCAUAAUAGCCCCAAAGUGGAAACAACCCAAAUGUCCAUCAACUGAUGAAUGGGUAAACAAAAUGUGGUAUAUCAAUACAGUGGAAUAUUGGCAAUAAGAAGAAAAUGAAGUACUGAUACCUGUUACAAUAUGAUAAACCUUGAAAGCAUGCUAAAUGAGAGGCCAGUUGGAAAAGAUGACAUGUAUGAUUCAAUCUAUGUACAAAAUUCCAAAUAGGUAAAUAGGUAUAUCUAUAAUCUGUAGAAACAGAAAGUAGACUGAUGGUUACCAAAGGCUAUGGGGGAUGUGGGAGAGGAGGGAAGGUUGAGGAUGGAGAAGGGAAAAUGAAUGCUAACGGGAUGGUUUUUUGGGGGAAGUGGGUGGAUAAGGAAAAUGUUCUAAAGUUGAUUGCAGUGAUGAUUGCAAAAUUCUGAAUUUACUAAAACCAUUGAAUGGUGUGAUUUAAAUAGAUAUAUUCUGUGGUAUGUGAAUUAUAUCACAUUAAUUAUAUCACAAUAAACAAAAACACAUUAAAAACAAAAAGGAAUUGUACAGCAUUAUGCCUGUCCAAACUCUUUAAUAUCUAAAAUGUUUAUACUCUAACCUCCCCAUUUAUACACUGGCAUCAUUAUAUUAUAGAUUAGAAAACAAGUCCAGAGUAACAAAGAGGUUUUCCUAAGACUGGAGAUGAAAUUGUGGCUUAUUUAUCUAGUAUUUAUUACAUUAUGCUAUGUUUUAAAAUUAAAUUUGUAAUACUUGUGAAUUUUUGUGCUUUU